UCCAGCUCUGAAUCUUUCGGGGUGGCUGUGCUUUAGCAGACAUGGGUUCGGUUCUUCCCGCUGAGGCGCUGAAGUCCAGAUUCAGAUCUCAACUGUGCGAGAUCAUCACCUCUGACAUCCUGCACAGCUUUCUGUACGGCAGGUGGAGAAAUGUGCUCGGAGAACAUCUCUGUGAGGACAAACAGAGUCUGAGUCCAAAAACGGCUUUCACUGCUGAAGUUCUGGCUCAGUCCUUCACUGGAGAGGUGCAGAAACUGUCCAGUCUGGUGCUGCCCAGUGAGGUCAUCAUCGCUCAGAGUUCAGUCCCUGGAGAAGGUCUGGGGAUUUUCUCUAAGACGUGGAUCAAAGCAGGAACAGAGAUGGGCCCGUUCACCGGGAGGGUCAUCCCCCCUGAGCACGUGGAUCUGCACAAGAACAAUAACCUCAUGUGGGAGGUGUUCAAUGAGAACGGGACCGUCCGGUGUUUCGUCGAUGCGAGUCAGGAGGAACAGCGCAGCUGGAUGACUUACAUCAAAUGUGCCAGAAAUGAGCAGGAACAAAACCUGGAGGUGGUUCAGAUCGGCACCAGCAUCUUCUACAAAGCUCUUGAGACCAUUCCACCGGAUCAGGAGUUGCUCGUUUGGUACGGAAACUCUCACAAUACCUUCCUGGGCAUUCCUGGUGUGCCGAGCGCAGAAGAGGAACAACACAGAAAGAGAACCGACGACUCACAUGUGUGUGAUCCAGCUGCACCUUCAUCCCUGACCUCCUCCUCCUCCUCCUCUUCAUCACGCAUGCGCUGCGUCAUCUGCCACCGCGGCUUCAACUCGCGCAGUAACCUGCGCUCGCACAUGCGCAUUCACACCCUGGACAAACCUUUCGUCUGCCGUUUCUGCAAUCGUCGCUUCAGUCAGUCAUCCACACUGCGCAACCACGUGCGCCUCCACACCGGCGAGCGACCCUACAAGUGUUACGUCUGCCAGAGCGCGUACUCGCAGCUGGCGGGCCUGCGCGCGCACCAGAAGAGCGCCAGACACCGACCGACCGGCGCAAAGUCUGAGAGCGGGCAGCCGUCACCUCCACCGCCCCAAAUGACACCCGUGUCUCACCCUGCGCUCAUGCGUCACAUCCCCACCAUGGUGCUCUGAGACGCAGGAUGAGAUGAACUCGAACACACACACACACACACACACACACACAAAGGCAAGUGCACUUUAACCCCAGAAACGCGGCACACAGCACCCUGCUGAAAACAAUACAAUCUUUGAAUGGUUUCCAUCUCAAAUGGCUGUAAAACCAGUUCGCAGUUCCUGUGUUCUUGGUCUUAUUCCAGUAAAUGUUAAUGGUGUUCUGUUGGUUCCCAUUACACCAAUAAACACAACACAUUACCAGCAGCGGUCCACGGAGACCAUUAUAGUUUCCAUUAAACCCGAAACAAUUCCCAUUAUAACUAUAUUAAAUCCAUUAGAAUUUCUGUGAUGCUUUCUACUGUUUGUUUCAGCAGGGAUGAGAUCGUCUGAUUUCAGCGCGAUUUUACCAGCAAUAAGAAUCACUGCGAUUUGUUCGCUUGGAUCUGUGAAAAAACUCUUGAUAUUCGAAUCACAUGGACAACAAGUGACGAACAGCCUCACAAAAUGCCUUAACAUCUAAGCCCAUCUUAAACUGUCAAUCAUUAUGUUAACUCGUCCCAUUAAAAGAAAUUUGGGUUUAUUGUAUUUCAGAGAAUCGCAAAUUAUCACAAUCGUGGAUUCAGGCGUAAAGUUUGAUGAGCUGCACGUCACGAGUAUAAAUCUAUCAGAGAUGUUUGUAUAUGAUGUUCAUUUGUUCUUUGGUUUAUUGUGACACAGUGAUGCCAUCGUGUUAUAUGCGUUACUGUGAACGUGUGCUACAGUAGCUCUGAC